AUGGAGCUGGGGAACUUUACCACUGUCACAGAAUUCAUCUUGGUGGGACUCCCCAACCACCGGAAGACACAGCUUCUGCUGUUUGUGAUGAUCCUCAUCAUCUACUUGCUUACCAUUGUGGGGAAUCUUAUUAUCAUUCUUCUAGUGCAGACUGACUCCAGACUCCACACGCCCAUGUACUUCUUCCUCACACAACUCUCAGGUGUGGAAAUCUGUUAUGUCACCAGCACUUUGCCCCAGAUGAUGGUUCACCUUCUGGCUGGAAAUGGAACUAUCACUUUCACACAUUGUGCGGCCCAAAUGUACAUGAUAUUGUCCAUGGGCAGUGCUGAAUGCUUUCUCUUGGGUGUCAUGGCCUACGACCGCUACUUGGCCAUCUGCCGUCCCCUGCUCUAUGCUGUUGCGAUGAACAGGUGGUGCCAGAUGGAGCUAGCUGUUGCCUGCUGGGCUGGUGCCUUCCUCUGCUCUGUGAUAUACAUGGGCUGUACCUAUUGCCACCCCUUCUGUGGCCCCAACCACAUCAACCACUUCAUUUGUGAACUGCCGGUGGUGUUGAAACUUGCAUGUGCUGAUACGCACCUCACAGAGGCCAUCAUUUUUUGGGAAGCUGCUAUGAUCCUUCUUGGGCCUCUUUUUGUUAUCCUAACUUCCUAUGGGCUCAUUCUCUCUUCUGUUUUGAAAAUGAGAACAACAGCUGGACGGCAGAAGGUUUUCACUACCUGUGCCUCCCAUCUCCUGGUGGUCACUGUGUUCUAUGGCACUGUUGGUGCUGUGUAUAUGGUGCCACAGUCAGGUACAGCUCCUGACCAUGGCAAGCAAAUUUCUGUUUUCUACAUUGUCAUCACCCCGUUGCUCAACCCUAUAAUUUAUACUUUACGUAACAAAGAUGUCCAUGGGGCAGUGACCAGGUUGCUACAAAGACAAAGAGUUGGAUAA